ACUUGAAUUAUUCCUAAUUUUGUUUAUGAGGGCUGUUGUCUACAGCCUCAUUACUAAUAAAGUUGUGUGAAAAGAAGCACAAGCAAGUUGUGCAAUUUUGUUGGGGCUUCAUUGCAAGAAACCAAAGAUAUGCUCGUUCCUGCGGUGCGCGUGUCUCGCUGUCUCGGUUUCGUGGUGUCUCGUUACGGCAGCUUCCUCGCACGUUCUUCAGUUGCCUGUCGCGUUCACGAGACCAGCGCGCGCCUGAGGAUCUGCCAAUCAUUGUGCACCCUCAGGUACACCGCAAUGUCUGGCGAGAACCGAUCAGAACGCCUGCCUGCAAAUGUUAAACCGGUGAACUACAAGAUAGAGCUGAAGCCGGACCUGAAAAAGCUGGCAUUUGACGGCCGAACAGUGGUGACAGUGCAGAUCCUUGAGCCAAGUGAUGUCUUCGUGCUCAAUUCACUUGAACUUGACAUUAAGUCUGCUGAAUACAUUUCCGAUGACGGAAAAGAGCACAAGGUGAGCAGCAUUGCCACAUCUAAAGAAGAGGAGAGGAUAACAAUAAAAUUUGACACUACGCUUGCACCAGGCAGAGGAAAACUUGGCAUUUCAUAUUCAGGUGAAAUGAAUGGAAAAUUAAAAGGCUUCUACUGGGUGAAAUAUAAAGGACAAAAUGGUGAAGACAAGUUUGGAGGUGUUACUCAUUUUGAGCCGACUGAUGCGCGUCGAGCAUUCCCCUGCUGGGACGAACCAGCCCUGAAGGCAUCCUUUGAUCUGACACUUGUCGUCCCCAAGGGUUACACGGCACUCUCCAACACCAAUGUAGUCAGUGAUGUGGACUUUCCUGGCGACCCAAUGCUGCGCGUGGUCACCUUUGCCACAACACCAAAGAUGUCCACCUACCUGGUGGCCUUUGUUCUGGGCGAGUAUGAUUAUGUUGAAGGAACUUCCGAUGAUGGAGUUUUGGUCAGGAUCUACACACCCAAAGGCAAAUCUGAGCAAGGAAAUUAUGCCCUUGAGGUAGCUACUCGUGCUCUGCCUUACUAUAAGAACUACUUUGGAAUUGCCUACCCACUGCCAAAAAUGGACUUGAUUGCUGUACCUGACCUUGCUGCAGCGGCUAUGGAAAACUGGGGCCUCGUGACCCAUCGUGAGUCAGCUCUUCUUGUCGAUGAGCAGAACACAUCUGCUGAAAGGAAACAGAACAUUGCCCUGGUUGUAACGCAUGAAAUUGCCCACCAGUGGUUUGGCAAUCUGGUUACCAUGGAAUGGUGGACCCACUUAUGGCUGAACGAAGGAUUUGCAUCAUUCAUCGAGUUCCUCUGUGUGGAUCAUCUGUUUCCAAAAUACCAAAUUUGGACACAGUUUGUUACUGACUGCUAUGCUCAGGCAAUGGAACUAGAUGCCUUGCAAAACAGUCAUCCUAUUGAGGUGCCUGUACGACAUCCCAGUGACAUAGAUGAAAUCUUUGAUGACAUUUCGUAUCACAAAGGUGCAUCGGUUAUUAGAAUGCUCCACAACUACAUCGGUGAUGCUAAAUUCAGGGAAGGCAUGAACUUGUACUUGACCAAGCACAAAUAUGGCAACACGACCACUGAGGACCUGUGGCACUGCCUUGGUGAAGUUUGUCAUGUCCCUGUUGAAGCCAUCAUGAACACCUGGGUGAAACAGAAGGGCUACCCUGUGAUAUCUGUAACAAGCUGCCAAGAUGGAGAUAGCCGAGUGAUGAUGUUGACCCAGGAGAAGUUCAAUGCUGAUGGCAAGGCCACAAAGGACGGCUCACUCUGGAUGGUUCCAAUUAGCAUCACAACCUCAAGCGCACCCAAUACGAUCAUGAAGCAAUUCCUGCUGGAGCAUUCUUCAUCAGUGCUGAUACUUGAUGGCGUGACUUCUGCUGACUGGGUCAAGAUCAACGUUGGAACUGUAGGCUGCUACAGAGCCAUGUACGGCCCUCAAAUGCUGUCUCAGCUAAUCCCUGCUGUGGAAAGCAAGACUUUGCCUCCAUUGGACCGGCUGGGUCUUCAGAGUGACCUGUUUGCUCUUGUACAAAGUGGCCACAAAUCGACUGUUGAUAUGCUUCGCCUAAUGAAGGCCUAUGUUGAAGAAGACAACUACACUGUCUGGAACUCCAUCAACUCAUGUCUGGGAAAACUGAAUCAAUUGCUUUCACAUACUGACAUUCAGCCACUUCUGCACCUCUAUGGCCGACGUCUCCUAGCCAGUAUUUUCAGCAAAUUAGGCUGGGACCCUAAGCCUGACGAAAGUCACUUGGCUACACUGUUGAGGAGCACUGUGAUUGACCGUCUGGCCCGUUUCAAGGAUCCAGAUGUCUUGGCUGAAGCCAGAAAGCGGCUUGACGCCCACAUCGCAGGCAAAGCCAUAAUUCCUGCCGACAUUCGUGGCGCUGUGUACCAGGCAGCAGCAUCAGUUGCUGAUAGAAAGCUGUACAAUGAGUUCUUGAAGCUGUAUAGGAGCACUGACCUUCAGGAGGAGAAGAACCGACUCUCAGCUGCCCUGGCUGGUGUAACCAGUCCGGAACUCAUUCAAGCCACCCUGGAGUUUGCUCUUUCGGAUGAAGUAAAGUCGCAAGAUGCUGUUUUUGUGAUUAUCUACUGUGCCCUCACUGCCGUGGGCAGGGACCUCACUUGGAGGUUCUUCGAAAACAACAAAGAUGCUGUGAGGAAGCGCUAUGGCUCUGGCUUCCUCAUUGCCAGGCUUGUCAAGUGCAUCACUGAAAAUUUUGCCACUGAAGAAAAAGCUUUGGAGAUAGAGUUGUUCUUCAGCCAGAACUACUUUCCUGGUGUGGAGCGUGUCGUCCAGCAGUCCCUGGAGAACAUCAGGCUGAAUGCAGCAUGGAUCGCAAGGGAUUCUGAUAAAGUGCGGCAGUUUCUACAGAAGGCGGCAUCUUCAUUGCCAUAAAGCUUCGAGGAGCAGCCUUGUUUGAGUUGGUUUCUAGUUUGUUUCUUUCUUUGUUCCAUCCUGAAUGAAAACUUAUUAAAAGGUGUGUGCUAAUACUUUUUAUGAAAUUCAGUUUAAAUAGUAUGAGUUAGGGGUGACUUUUCUUUUGAUUGUUUGUUUUAUUUAGCAGCAGGUGUUGUGCUAAAUCGAUUCAGUACUUAUUCAGAACAAUGGAUGAAAGUUUUGUGUGUGUGUGUGAUUUUCUUUUAUCCAUUUUUUAUGCUUUGAAUGAUGGUAUGCAGAUCUCAACUGUGUAAUUAUGCACUUUGACUCAAAUGAUAUAUUAAUAUAAUGAAGUCUCAUUCUCCAAAUCUGGUAUUCAUUUUGACUUCACCAUAUGUGCCAUUAACGGAGCACCUAAUUGUGCUCUUAUUAUGAACAACAUUAUGUGUAUUGUGACCGUUUCAAACAGUUAGGCAUUACUUGAAGUAGAAAGUGAAUGCACUAGCUGUAACAGGCCUGUCAUACUCAAGCACUGAGUGCUGUUGAUAAAUUGUUGUUUUCCCCUUUCUUUUUGUGCAAAUGUAUGCUCAAGAGGCACUGAAAAAUUGUGUGGGCUGUGUAAUGGAGAUUGGUGAUCUGGAGCAGUCUUUCUCUUCUAAGAGGGUUCUUUUCUUUUUUCUUUAUUUCUUUGCAGUAAAAUAAUUAGCUCUUGCUGUGCACAUAGGCCUGGAUAUAUUUAGCUGGAUGUUCAAGGGUGCAGCAUAUUGCACACAGUGUUGCACAAUUUGUAUCAUUACACUGUUGGUUGCCACUAUAGAGCUAGCACCAGUCACUUCAAAAUGACAGUGUCCUAGAAAAGUAGGAAGCUGGUGGCACAUACGCACCUUUUGCAAAACUGUCUGUGUGUGACUUCUGCAAUGUUCUAUUGUGGAAUGUUAUGACAAAUCAAAAUCCAACAAAUUCAGGUAUUUGCUGUGGUAUUCAUGUGGCUUCUCUAGAUCAACCGAAAGUUGCCAUAGAUGAUGCGUGACCGUGCCAGUGCCAGUGGCCUUGACAUUGUUUGCCUUAUGUUUUCAGUGCCUCUCACCUCUCAAGUUCGCCUUCUUUCUGGAUCCUCUAUAGUAACACACAAGUUUUAUGAGGUCCAUAAAAGUUAUUGAAGGAAGGUGUAUUUCACAUCUUGUACUACAUUCCCUUCAGGCCUAUUCUUAUUUAAUCCACAUGCUUUGAAAUAUGUGGUCAUAUUGACGAAUCUGUUUCUGUCCCUUGACAACCUUAAAUGUUGAAGGGUCAUGGCAUUGUAUAUCAUUAUGUAUGUUUUAUUUCAUUCAACUUAUUGCUGUUGCAAAUGUGCUUUGUGGCAGCUGAUGUACAAGAAUUUCAAACUCAUGGCAUUAGGUGAAUAAAAUUGAGCAUUCAUGUGCUA